AUUUCUUAGCAUUAUAUAUAAUCAGAAAAUGGCCAUUUUGCGAUCAUCUAUUCGUAUUCUUAACUCACACCCUUUAACUUUUCUCUCCAUAAUCACUGAUUUUUAGAGAGAGAGAGAGAGAGAGAGAGAGAGAGAGAGAGAGAGAGAGAGAGAUUUUGUCAAGAAUGCCUACUUCCAUUCAGCUUCAUCGACUCAAUCCGGCCGCCAAUCCCGGCGGUGGCGUCUCCGCAACGACCAUGAACUGUCACAGGAGCGCGGCGGCCGCAGCAGUGGCCGUGACGCGGGAGAAAAGGACCAUCACCACCAGCAGCAGUACUAGCAUGGCCUCUUUGACGGACGCGGCUCCAGUACCUGUGCCGGACGCUGUAGCACGGCACCACGCGCACGACGUCGGACCGGAACAGUGUUGCUCCGCCGUGAUCCAGAUCAUCGACGCUCCAGUUCAUACGGUGUGGUCUGUAGUGCGACGGUUCGAUAAUCCACAAGCGUACAAGCACUUUCUGAAAAGCUGUGACGUAAUCGACGGUGACGGUACCGUCGGUAGUCUCCGGCAAGUUCAAGUCGUUUCUGGACUUCCGGCUGCUUCGAGCACCGAACGCCUCGAGAUUCUAGAUGAUGAGAGACACGUGUUGAGUUUUCGCGUCGUAGGUGGGGACCAUCGCCUACGAAACUACCGAUCUGUUACAACACUGCACGCGAUUUCAUCAUCAUCAUCUUCUUCUUCAUCAAACCAAAACGGAUCCAGAUCUUCAACAGUUGUGGUGGAAUCUUAUGCCGUCGAUGUACCACAAGGCAACACGAAAGAAGAAACGUGCGUGUUCGUUGAUACUAUCGUACGGUGCAAUCUUCAAUCUCUUGCACAAAUCGCUGAAAACAUGGCUAAGACCUCCUAAUUAUUUCAAUUUUAAUUUAAAACUUCCAUAUCAAUUUCUUCCCCUUCUCCUUCUUUUCUUUUUUUGUGAUACAAGUGCGGAAGUAGAUUUUAUUCGCACUAUGAAUCAUUAGCCAUUAUUAACAUCAUAUCUUCAUGAUUUGCAUCAUUUUUCUUCAUAUUUUAGGUGUUUUUUCCCCCUUAGAAACCGAUGUUCUGCAGAAUUAUGUGCAAUGGUUUGAAGGAGAGAUUCGUACACCGAGAAAAUCGCAUCACAUGUCACUUCUUUUCCUUGUUCUACGAAAAUUUAUUGUAUGUACAAAUUUGUUGUUCCUUUUUUGAUAUAGAAUUCUCUCUCCUGAAAUUAGGCUUUGAGUCCGCGGCCAUUUUGUAUUGAUUAUGAUCAAUGUGUUGUUGUUGUUGGUUUGUAAUUAAUUUUAUGUUGGUUAAUACGUAAAUGUGGUUAUUGUAUUUCCAGCUUCA